AAAAGAACAGCACUUGCUGGAGGUUAACCUUCUGUCACUCAACAUUUCUUGGAAAAGGGAAACCCAUGACGCUCGGCGUUCUGUUGAGUCGCGUCGCGUCGCGUCGCUGCAGAGCAGAUGAGCCGAUCCACUCACAAUGACAGAGUGAGACGCAAACACACCUGUCAUUCUCACACACGGAAGAGCGCGGCACGGAGUGAAACAUGUCGGGACAGUAAACACUCGAGCUUCAUAAUGGUCACACAGAUCUGUGAAUGUUGCGUUUGAUCGCUUCAUGACCUCGCGUCGCGUUCAUUAGACAGCGAAGAUGAGAGCUGUGUUGCGUCUCUUCUCCACAGCUCUUAUUCUCUCUCUGGUUUUGUGUGAGUCUCCUGAUGCUGAUGGGACUCAUCCUGGAGACUUUGUGCAGUUUGGAAAUGUUCUUGACAGCGUGAUGGACAAAUGUAAUGUACAGGUGCAGUAUAACUGCUCUGCUGCCUGUCGAAUAGGGGUCGAAAUUGUCAUUUCUACCCCAAGAAGGACAGGAGUGGUAGUCUACAGAAGGACUUGGACUAACCAUAAGGGAUUGGGAAAACCCAGAUCCAGAACAGUUCAUCUAUCGUUUCCUCCAGCUGUGGUAUACCGCAGAGACUUUUUUGUCAGGCGACCACUGGAGACAUGUGAUGUGGUGCUGAGGGCCUGGAUGGUUCAUCUUUUUGAAAAUGAAAUUGGUGGCAGCCAUGAUAAAGCAUAUGACCAAUCUCUUGCGAGAACUUCUAUAUUUUUGAGGACUCUUCCACUCCCGGAGCGUCCAGUAUAUCCACAGACAAGUUCGGUCUCAUGGGGUGCAUGGCUGAUGUGGCAGCUGACCAAAGAUACUGUGAGGAAAUGUCCACAUGAGUCAGACAUUGUGGAUAUCCUGACCUUUCCAUUUGCGAGCACCGGUGAGAGGUUUGGUGUGAUACACAAAUUCUCCUCCUUUAGUAACAGAGAUCUAGAAUGGAGACGUAUCCUUGCUUUCAAAGAGCCAAGGGUGACUCUCUCAGUGUGGCUGUACUUGUUGAGCUGGUGCAGCCAGUCCUUGUGUGGUAUAGUCAAGAAUGUUAAUGAAUACAGGAACUAUGGGAGUCCACUUAUCAUGCUGUCUGACACAGGUGAUAUAGUGGUGCAGGUGCAAAUGUUGGAUGGAGAGGGGAAGGCAUUUACAGCACAUGCAGCUUUACCCCUCCAUACCUGGAUCCGUCUGGACGCUUUCUUUCAGGUGUCAGAGGCGAAACUCACAAUUACAAAGAUCUUACCUGGAGAACAGACUUUGGAGACCACUCAUUCUUUUGAUUUUCGUCAGCCGGUUCAAUUCAAUGACACAUCAGGGUAUUUCGUGAUUGGUGGAUGCAGCUACUUGCAAGGGUUUCAUGGCUAUAUUGGACCAAUCAGAUACUAUCGUUUAGGCACAGAAAACGUGACAAACCCCCUGUCCCCUGUUAGGACACUAAAGGAGCUGGACAGAAUCCACAGACACUGUGAGGAAAUGAGCCAUGUUACUGAAUACUAUCUGCAAGCACUGAGACAAAACCAAGACCUCUCUAGAGAUGUUUGUGAGUCUUAUUAUGGAGGCCUUAAGAGGACGUUUGGUCACAGGGAAUGCACUCAGACUUGGUCUUGGGACCAGCAAAGAAGAUUCAACCUCACCUUGAGGCUUCUAGAAGAACAUCAGGAGCUCAUAAAAGGUCUGGGCAACAGCAGCCGACAUUUGCUAAGUCUAGGCCGAGUGAUCUUCCAGGAUGCUGUAAAGACAAUAGCUAAAGCAGAGGCAUCUGAUGGUGGUCUAGAAGUCAUGUCCAGUGUUAUUGAGCAGCUUCAGGUGUCCUCCUGCUGGGGUCACCAGCACUCCUCUCUCCUGCUCGCUACCCUGUUCCUGGCCGGCCUGGGCGUCCCAGUGGACCUGGAGCAGGGUCAUGUGUAUAGUUUGAUAGGCGGUGUCUCUGAUGACCGUCUCGCUCUGAUGCAUUUGGGAUACAAGCACAUGCAGGGUCUGGACGGUUUCCCUAAAGACCAGAACACUGCAUAUGGUUACUUCGCCAACAUCGGCAAACAGACCAGCAUCGACCGCGAUAAAGUACAAGACUCUUGGCAAACUCCCACAGAACAUGUUCAUUUAAACAAUGACGAUGAGCUGCACACUCAAACGGGCGAGAUGGGCGACAUUGUGCAGUAUAUGAAACACCAGGCUGACAGAGGAGAUAUAGAAUCUCAGAAAACUCUGGCCAGGAUGCUUCUAUGGGGCAGUAAUGGGGUGGAGAAAGACAUUCGAGCAGCAGUCACGUGGUACGCCAGAAGCGCCCUGCAGAUGAUCGAUCCCUCUGCCAUGUACGACUACGCCAUUCUCCUCCUAAAGGGCACAGGAGUGAAGAAGAACCGAACGCUUGGCCUUGAGCUUCUGGAGAAAGCUGCCGACAUGGGUUCAGUAGAAGCUCUGAAUGGCAUCGGAUGGUACUACAGUAUCAUAGUGAAGGACAAAACAAAGGCCUUUCGAUACUUUGAGUUGGCGGCUCAGAAUGGCAGUCGUGAUGGGCUCUUCAAUGUGGGCAUCUACUAUUUAAAUGGUGACAAUCCUGACAAACCAGACAGGAAUGAGACUGCUGCGUUCCAGUACUUCUUUGAUGCAGCUCAGUUGGGUCACGUGGAGGGCGCUUUGCAGUCGGCAUUGUUUCUCUCCACUGGAUCUGUACAGGGAGUGCCGAGAGAUCCAGACAAAGCUGUGCUGCUGUUAAAGCAAGUCAUUGAGAUGAAUGGACACCUGGGUUUCAUGGUUAAAGAUGCUCUUCAGACUUAUCAAAGAGGAUCAUGGGAUGAAGCGUUGGUGAAAUAUGCCAUGCUAGCAGAAACUGGUCUUGGUGUGGCACAGCACAACGCCGCCCAUCUGUGUGAGCUGUUAGAUCACACUUCUGCCUGUCAGUGGAGGUACCACAACUACUCCACCUACAACCACAUCCCUCAGGAAGCUGGUUUGUUGCGGAUGGGAGAUUAUUACAGUGAACUGGCUGAUAUGGUGAAGGCCAUAGACAUGUACAGUACAGCAGCAGUGCAUGGCAGUGCUCAGGGCCUCUUUAAUCUGGCCAUGUUAAUUGAAGAGGGUUAUGAAGUUCCUGAUAUCAUUCUGGAUCAGAUGGGACUCUCAGAUGCACACACUGUGAGCCGGAGCGCUGUGGUGGCAGAUCUAUUAUCCAGGUGCACAGCGUUUGAGGAGAGGGACGUGACUCCAUGUUCACUAGUGCUGUGGAGGAUGGAGCUGCUGCGAGCGUGGAGAGACUUCACACACAGCUCUGUUCAGCUGACGCUGGCCUGCGGGAUCUUCGCCACACUCACAGUUUUUGUAUUAGCUGUGCUGUUACGAACUCUUCUGGCAUGCUACCACGCGCUGUACCUGUCAACCAGCCAAUCAGCAGAGAGACAUAAUGCACCUGAACGUGCCGGGCAGGACAUCAGCGACAGUCCACUGGGGACCAGAACAGAAAAUCAACGGCAGAGAGACCAGACUACUGUUGAACACAAUCACCUUUCAGUGCAGGAAACGUCUGAUUUAAUCGUGACAGUGACUGGAGUGUGUGCAUGUGUCAUCUUCAUCAUGUUCAUUUCCCAUCUGCUUUGAAAAGAACUAUCCUUCAAUAGGUUUUACAUCAGCCAUCGCUAUCGAUCAACACUCUUCAACUCAGGUCACUGCAGGACAACUAACCCAGUUCAUAUGCACCUUAAGUUGCUUUGGAUAAAAGCGUGAACAAAAUGGCCAGUCAGUUUCCCAGUAAACUGUGUUGUUUGCACUUCCUUUUGGUGAAAUAAAGUUUGAAUACCAGAGCAUUUGCAGUGCAAAUAAAUGUCAGAUGAUA